GUUGCGUUGCAAGCGGGUACCUUGGGCAAACGGACAUUUUGCAGGCCAACAGACAGAACAGCUGUUCGUAAACUGGUUUCUUCUGGUAAAGAAAUGUUUAACGUGAAGAGUAAAUUUCAUCAUCAUCUUUAAUUUUCUUGCAACACAUAGAACAACAAAGCACGAGGGAUGGACAAGACCUGCGCAGGCUCAUCAGGGGACUUUCAAGGCCAUUCAACCUAUUUAACCGAAGAUGGGACACUUCAACCUCAGUACCAAUAUCCAACCUAUACUCUUCAGGAAAACUAUUGUAAUCCUCAACAAUUUGAUGUCCUCACUCAUCAUUUAAGAAAUCACCACGCUUCAAAUUCAUCAGUUGAGCAAAAUUCAAGUAGUGUCAGCCACGUGCAAGCUAUUCAAAACGCUGCACCACGUGUUCAUAUCAAUCCAAACUUUCGGCCCAAAACUACACUAAGGACGGAAAUGUGCCCAAGUACUAGUCAGCGAUCAAGAGUUCACAUCAAUCCUCAUUGGCGAGGUAAAUUUGAAACUGCUCCUGAAACAACAUUGAAGCCACCAGAAAACCAGUUGUACGCCUCAUGUAACAGUUCUGGAAAAACAACAAUUUUUGUGAAUCCAAAAGUCUUGCCACACCUAAGAUUGGAAUCAACCAGUCAUUCAGAAGCGAAAGACUCUUCAUCCAAUCAGCAAGUACUAUGUAAAAGUGAGAAAAAUGUGAUUGCUCUAAAUAAUUUGGAAAGUAAAUUUUCCAAGUGUUCACAACCUGAGAAGGAACCUGCAAUGCCUAAAUUUGAAGUGGUUAACUCUACCAAAUUGAUAGCUGAACCAGAUCAGUUUGUAAACCCACAGAGGUCCUUUAAGAAUACUUCUAGCAAGUACAAACUAGUGAGGAAUUCAACAUCUAGUUCAAAUUUUAAAGUUAUUAGAGGGUCUCCUGGAAGUUUUUUGAAAAGGACAAGGAAAAAAUCUGAAAACAUACCAAGUUCAACUUCAAAGUCUAUCUACAAAUUUGUCCGUGAUGUUAGUUCUGCAGAUUCUGUUCCAAAACAAUUAGAUUCUGGUCAUCUGAAAUGGACGCAGAAAAUCAGUGUCUCUCAGGCUACAGGAACGUGUGGCUUAAGAACUAUUAGUGUGAAGAAAGAUGCUAAAUCUCAAUUUAAACUUGUAAAGGUACCAAACAGUGAGCUGUAUCCUAACACAUCUCAGCCCGUAGUCAACAAACCGAAGACAGUUUACACUAGAUAUAAGCUGAUUCGUUCAUCCUCCUCAAACAAACUUUCAUCCAAGAAAAAUAUUGCAGUCAAAAAAUUGUUUGCUACAGUUCCUGGCCUUCCACUUCAAUCCCAAUUCACCAAAUCGCGUUUUAAAAUAUCAAGGACAUCUCUGGGAACUGGAAUGAACUUAGCAAGGAGAGUGUCAAGAUUUGCAAUAGUGAGCACCUCCAAUAACUCCAAGCCACAGCGUAAAAGUAGUCUUGUAAAAUUCUACAGGAGUGAACAAAGGCCUAAAAUUCUCCGCAGUAAGUUAAAAAAGUUGGGUGCAUAUGGAAACAUAAGCUGGCAGAAUCAGAAAGCUCUCUCUUCUACUAAAUCUGUCAUCAAACUCCCUCAACCGUCAAGACCCAAUCAAAACAACAAACAAAAAGAUGUACUAACAUCUAGUAAGUCGUCCAACAGAAGUCUUAUAAACAUUGGUGGUGUGCUUUAUCGUUCUACACGGACCUCACUCACUCGUACCCAUCCAAAAGAAUCAAAGGAGCAAGUCCUUAACAUUCGAGGCAAAAAAUUUGUUCUUGACGACAAAGGAACGACAUUAAGGCCGAAAUGUGACCCUGGUGAUGUUACUCAUGCUGGUAAUGGUAGCAAAAUGAGGUCAUCCAUAUCCAGAAUUGAUAUUGGUGGUGUUACUUUCAUCAGAAGAAGUGAUAACACAUUAGUACGAACCAAUACUCAUUUUGCUAGAAGCCUAUUAAGCCUUUCCAAAAUGAGAAGUAUUGCUUUCUUAAGGGGCAAACGUAGCAAAAUUAAUCAACCAUGUUUAAUUUAUCAACGUUUUGGAAAAUGCCAUGCCCAUGAGGCAGGCAAAUGUUGGCGAGUUCAUAACCCAAAAAAUAUUUCCAUUUGUAGGAAAUUCUUGCAGGGAAAUUGUGAAGCAGAAACUUGUCUGCUCUCCCAUGAUGUAGGGCCUGAGAAAAUGCCAACCUGUCGGUAUUUCCUUGAAGGAUGUUGCGUUCGCGAUAACUGUCCUUAUUUACAUGUCAAGCUCAGCGCUCAUGCAGCAAUUUGUCGUGAAUUUCUGAAUGGCUACUGUGAAGCUGGUGACACGUGCAAGAAGAGGCACGUCUUUAUUUGUCCUGACUUUGAGCAACUCGGAAAAUGUAGUAAAGGUAAGUACUGCCCUUAUCCACAUAAAAAUACACCCAAGAUCCACAUUCAGAAUGAAUUAAGAAAAAGUACAGUAAAAAGUUUAAGAAAAAAUAAGGCUGACAAAACUGGUAAGAGGAGGGGCUCAGAGGUCAUUGUGUCUAGUUUAAAAGAUGGAGAAAAGAGAAAGAGAUAUUAUGAUGAAAGUAAAAAACAAACUUUGGACCCAACAAAUUCAGACCAAGUUGACUCUGAAAAUAAUUCUAUAUCAUCUGAUGAAGACUUUGACGAGAAGGAAGAGAAGGCUGUAGCCCAGAUAAGAACCAAAAUUGGAAUAUUACCGGCUUACAUCCCUCUUGAAUAGUGAAAUCAGUACAAUAAUUUGGCCUGGAAGAGUGUUUCUAAGCUACAUUACUUGUAAUUUCCAGUAAUUUCAUAAAUAAUCUAUAACUACAUUGAUAUACAUUUUGUAAAUUUCUAAUUGUAACAUUUCAGUCUGUUCUUUAUUUUAUUCAUAAGAUUAUAAAUUCAGUUUGCACUCGUCAAAUGCCCAUAAAUAGAGAUGGUCUUAGAAAAUAUUUAAUCUUCAAGUACAAAGUUACAAUGAAACUUCAAUGUUCUAAAAGUGCUUUCACAAAUGCCAUUUUUAAUUUUUAAGAUGAAAAGUAAAAGCGGUUCUUCCAUCAGAUUGGUUGUUGUCGGCUGUGAUCAAGUACCUGCCUUUACUAUUUAGAUGCAUGUACCUGUUAACCAACUGAGGUGGACUCUUCAUUAUCAGAAGAGCUGUUCCCUAUGUUGGUCUUUACUGGUUCUUAGGUGUUUCAUAGUCUUAAAAUUAGGGGUGAAUCAUUUGUAUUUUUUUUUAAAGAAAAAGAAACAUAAUAAAGAUUAAUAUUGGUUAA